AAGUGUUAACACUUGACAUUGACAGUGUGGACCGUGGAGGAACAUAGCAUAGCAGCGUUUGAAGGAAGCUAAAAGUCACAAAAACCGAAAUUGGUUCUUCGAUAUCUCCGUCGACCUGUUUGUCUAUGACCGCUACUUUCUCUCAAAUCAACCACAUUGCUAAUAGAGAACAUUCAGCGACUUUUCCGCACAUUCUCAGCAGAUUUCAUCACUCAACGAAUCCUUUCAUGGCUAUUCAAUCUUCACCUAUUAUCUUCCAUGGAACUGUUGGUUUUUCGUCGGAUCAUCAUCCCUUGUUUCAUUCCUUCCCAGCUUCGGUACUAACUAGUUUCAAAACAGCUAACUUCAGAGCUUCCUCAUCCUCCUCUUACUACUCUUCUCCGUCUCGUUCAUCGUCUACUUCGCGACUUGGAAUUCGGGGAAAAGCACUUAUUAGUGAUGAUGGGCCGUAUCAAACAAAGGAUUCAUCGCUUGUGGUAUGCUUUGGUGAAAUGUUAAUUGAUUUUGUCCCAACUAUUAGUGGCUUUUCAUUGGCUGAUGCACCGGCAUUUAAAAAAGCUCCUGGAGGUGCACCUGCUAAUGUUGCUGUUGGCAUUUCACGUCUGGGUGGUUCAUCAGCUUUCAUAGGGAAGGUUGGUCAAGAUGAGUUCGGAUACAUGCUUGCUGAUAUCUUAAAGGAGAAUAGGGUAAACAAUGAGGGAAUGCGAUUUGAUCCUGCUGCUCGAACAGCUUUAGCUUUUGUGACUCUUAGAAGUGAUGGGGAACGCGAGUUCAUGUUUUAUCGUAAUCCAAGUGCCGAUAUGCUGCUUCAAGAAGAUGAACUUGACUAUGACAUGAUUCGAAAGGCAAAAAUAUUUCACUAUGGUUCUAUAAGUUUAAUUACUGAACCAUGCAAGUCGGCCCAUAUCUCGGCAACAAAGGCUGCUAAGGAUGCUGGUGUAAUUCUAUCUUAUGAUCCCAAUUUGAGGCUUCCAUUGUGGCCUUCUGCAGAGAGUGCAAGGAAAGGAAUCCUGAGCAUAUGGGAUUCUGCUGAUAUUAUCAAGAUUAGUGAAGAAGAAAUAUCUUUUCUAACUAAUGGGGAGGAUCCUUAUGACGAUGAAGUUGUUCGUAAAUUGUUUCAUCCAAAUCUCAAAUUGCUUCUUGUCACUGAAGGAGCAGAUGGUUGCAGAUAUUAUACCAAGGAUUUCAGUGGAAGGGUUAAGGGUUUGAAAGUGGAGGCUGUGGAUACAACUGGCGCUGGAGAUGCUUUUGUGGCUGGAAUACUAUCCCAAAUCUCUGCUGAUAUUCUCUUGUUUCAGGAUGAAGGAAAGUUGAGAAAUGCUCUUCAGUUUGCGAAUGUUUGUGGUGCAUUGACAGUUACAGAGAGAGGUGCCAUUCCAGCUUUACCCACUAAAGAAGCUGUGCUAAAUGCCCUGCUUCAGCUGGUUUGAUAUUUUCUUCUUCCCAUUGCUUGUUGCAUUGUAGAAGACAUUCUAAACCUAACACUAUUCGAUUCGGGUUGAUUACUUUUGAGCAGUUAUCAUUUCGUGUAGACCAUUGUGAAAUAGAAAUCGGCUUCAAUAAUGUAAUCACAUCUACCUCUAUCCAUUUCACUAUAUUAUGAUGGUCUUCACUUAUUUUUAUAGAGAUGAACAUUUUGUAUAAUGUUCAUAGUUGUUGUUGGAUUGGAUUGGAAUUGUCAUGUAUUUCAGUUAAAACUUUCUUUCCUUUGUUGGAAUGUAUUUUGAGAAGAUGUG